GGUGGUUCUAUAGCUUCUGCACUUCCAAAAUUAACAUUUCACCACUUGCUAGGUUUUCUGGGUGUAAGAUUUCUCUUUUUGGAUGCUCAAGUGACUGUCUGUCUGUGAUUCUGGGUUCUGUGUAAGACAGGAUUUAUGUCCUGAAUAUGCAGGGAGUUAUGAUUACAUAAACAGCUUGAGUGAGCAAUACCCUACAGGAAGAAGGAUUAGCAUGUAGAAAGUGAGAGUUCAAAGGACAAUGUGGGAAUGAGUGGUUUCUUGUAGUAUUCAAGCCCUGAGUAGGAAGAAGAGGAGAAAUGAUACAUUUCUUUUACCUCAUGCAAACCUGGUGGUCCUGUUUAUGAGAUGCAUAAUAAUGUACACCUUGGGUACUAAAUGGUGUUUAGUGUUUGCUCUGUAUUAGAAAACACCGUGUGACGAUUUGAGAAUUUAUUUGUAGGUGUCCCGUGCAUUACAAGUAAAGACAUAGUCCCUGCCCUAUAGGGUAAUCUGAAAGAAAGAAAUUUAAAAUGUUGACAUUUAAAUUAUCAUUACUAGACUUCAGCUUCAACAACCAUUUCAGAGUGAUGGGGCAGUCACACUCGCUCACAGCUAUUGUUUCAGGCUUUCUAUAAAUAGCAAUACAUUGAUUUGUACUUUUUCACAAUUGAAGGUUGUUUUUCCAGCCAUAAGGGUCAUAGUGUUUUUUUAAAAUGACAUCUUAGAUUCUAAAGCACAAAAUGCCUGGCUCCAUGAAUACGUUUUUGUUUUUUUUUAAGUUCACUUGGUUAUUGCAAGCUGGCCCAAUCCAGUCCUUGGAUAUCCUAGGCAUAAUGAAGUUCUUGGUUCAAGGAAAAUAACAUUUUCAAAGAUGCGUUGCCUUGAAAUAGCUUGGAACACCUCACGUAUGCUGUAGUAUAUUUUAAUCUUGUUAUUAAAGAAACUCAUUUUUCUUACAAAUAUUAAUACCUAAUUACAUAACUAUUAUACUUGUUUGUCUUAUCUUUCUUUAAGUAUUUAAUUUUAAACACUGCAGAAAGGAACUAUUGAAGAAUGCUGAGGUCUGGCAAAAAAACAUUACCUAGAAAUGAACAAGCAGAUGAGACAACCUACUUAGCAAAUUUAGCAGUACAGAGAAAUGCCAGUGCCUUCUUUGACAAAUUUGACCGAAGUGAGUUACAGGAAUUACUUACCACUACCUCAUGUAGCUGGCUGGCUUCUAAAGAUGACCUAUGCCAGCCAUUAGAACUUCCCAGUGGACUUAUGGGUCAGCUAAAAAACAUAAGUUUCCCGACUGCAAUUUUGCUAGCACCAGUGAUGCCAGAUGUACCUUUGGACUGUAAAGAAGUUCAUCAGAUUGUGAGAGAAUUGGCUGUAGGAAUUUACUGUUUAAACCAAAUUCCUUCCAUCAGCUUAGAUUCCAAUUAUGAUCACAGCACUUCUUGUCAGCUUCCUCCAGCUUACAUUGACACCAGAAUUGGACAAAUUUUGAUAAGUGUUGACUACAUGUUAAAAGCACUGUGGCAUGGUGUGUAUAUGCCCAAAGAGAAACGUGUCAGGUUCUCUGAAUUGUGGCGCUCUGGUAUGGUUAUUGAUAUGGAUGGGAAUCCUCAAACAGAAAAAAAUAUUUUUUCAGAGUUUUGUUCAGCCGGUCUAGUUGAUCUUUCCAAUGAACCAGAUUUUGAGGGAAUCUAUGAUGAAAACAUGAAUGAAGAUCCAACUUAUGACCCUAACAGUGCACAAGAAAAAAGUCUCUUUAUGCAGUAUGCAGACAAUAUACUACUUAAGUUGACAUUUGGUACUAUACAAGUUCAGCAGCAUGAAAAUGUGUGUAAAUUUGAUGCAGCAUAUGGGCUUUCUAAUUUGAUAAGAUUGACGGAGGAUCACCUUGAUACAGUAACAUACCAAAGGUUGCAGCAGAGGCUAAUUCUUCAGCAAAAACUCGUGAACAAGCACUUAGAGAAAAAAACAGAAAUCCGCAAGGAUAUUGAAUAUUUAAAAAUAAUGAGCUUUCUGAUUCCAUUUUUACUUGGCUUAAAAAGAAAGAUGAAAAUUCCAAAUGUAAAUCAACUUCUUCAACCAUAUUCAGAUGAUAAAGUUAAGACUGAACGAGAAUUGCCUCCAUUUGUACUUGGGCCAGAUUUUAAAUGCCAACAUUUUCAUUACAUAAAGAAUGAGUAUUUUCAUGUCCAUGGAGGAAUUGAAUUUGAUGUUGGUACACCUUCUGUUGAGGAUGUUUCAGAAAAGAUUAAGGCCGCCUUUGAUGACAUACAGAAUUGUGCAUCAAACCAUGUAGCCCAGUUGUUAGACCCGGAUAUACCAUACAGAGAACAUUACUCCAUACCAACUAUGGAAUUUGAUGGAAAGAGCUACUAUGUGAUCUCCAUUGAAUUGGAAACUUUUUAUCAGCAGCUAUAUAAGACCCCAUGGUGGGGAGCCAUAAAUGAAAUAAUAAGCACUCUCAAGCCUAAAAGGCUUCCAUUAACUGAUAUCCAGUCACUGGAGCAAUUCAAGAAAAGAUUUGGUUAUAAGAAAGCUAUUAAAUGCAAGAGUUUACCUUAUGGUAUGAAGUCUGCUGCUGAGAGAGGACUAUCUGCUAUCUUCCAUACUUUUUGUCGUAAAACAUCUACUUCCAGUCUCAGUGUUGUAGAUGAAUAUGGUUAUGCUCUUCUCCAUCAUGCUUCCAUACACAACCGUGUGCCAAUUAUCUGUCAGCUGAUUAAAUCUCAUUUGAAUAUCAAUCAGAGGCGCAAUGUUCACUUUAACCAGGGAAGACGUUCACAGAAGAGUGAGACUAAGGGGGACAGAGCUGGAAAAUCACAUUUGCAAGAAAAGGAGACCUCUGGGGAAAGAAUUGCUUUAGGUCCUACUGCUUUACACCUGGCAGCUCAGUGUGGAUCCAUUGAAGCACUUACUUGUCUUCUGGCCUGUAAGGCAGAUUAUAAAUUAGCUGAUGAUCGAGGAUGGAUGGCUAUACAUUUUGCUGCAUUCUAUGACAACAUUUCCUGUAUCACGGUUCUCUAUAGGAAAGACCCAGAUCUGCUAGAGGCUGAAACAACAGCUGAAUAUCAUUCUACUCCACUAUUGCUUGCAGCCACCUCUGGAGCAUUAGACACGCUUCAAUAUUUGUUUUCUCUUGGUGCCAGCUGGAAGAAAACUGACAGUGAAGGAAACAAUAUCAUUCAUUUAGCAGUCCUGUACUUUCACACAGAAAUUCUCAAGCAUCUAAUACAGCUAGAUAAUCCAGAUCUUCCAGUUUGGAAUACUCUUGUAGAGAUGUUACAGUGUGAAGAUGCUACAAGGCCAGAAAUGGCAGUUAGAUCCUUGGAAGUUCUCUGUUUAGCAAAAGAUUUCUACUGGAAAUGCAUUUUGGAUGCAGGUGGUAUCCCCGCUCUAAUCAAUCUGUUGAAAGGCCGGCAGAUCAAGCUGGCAUGUAUAACAUCAGGGGUGCUGAGUAACAUUUCACCGAAUUUCACCAUUUCCAAAGCUUUAGUAGAAGCAGGAGGCAUUUCAGUAUUAAUUGAAUUGUUGGGUUCUGGUGAACCUGAACUGCAAUCUCGCUGUGCUGUUAUCCUAUAUGAUAUUGCCCAGUUCGACAAUAAUCAAAAUGUCAUUACUGAGCUGGGUGGAAUCCCUCCUCUGGUAAAUCUUUUGAAAAUUAAAAUACAGGAUUUGUUAGUUAAUGUAAUAAAUUGUAUCCGGGUGUUAUGCAUUCAGAACAAACUCAAUCAAAGCACAGUGGAGGAACAUCAGGGUAUUCCAGCACUUGUUGAGUUUCUAACUUCACAAUCAGAUGUACUACAGGCUGUAUCUUCAGCAGCUCUUGCAGAACUUGCUCGGGGGAAUGAGAAGAUGCAGGAUGCUAUUGCAAAUGCAGAUGCAAUUGGUCCUCUGGUUGAACUUCUCCGUGGAAGGAAAAUCAGUGUGCAGGUGAAAGGUGCUAUGGCUAUAGAAGCACUAUCGGAUAACAACUCUUGUAUACAGAAACAGUUUCUGGCAAAAUCAGCAACAAAACAUCUUUUAAAGCUCUUAAAGGCAUUUCACUUGACCGUUAAGGAACAAGGUGCUAUAACUUUGUGGGCACUGGCAGGACAAACACUGAAGCAGCAAAAGUUAAUGGCAGAACAGAUUGGGUACAACUUUAUUAUUGAUAUGCUUUUGUCACCAUCUGAUAAAAUGCAGUAUGUUGGAGGUGAAGCAGUCAUAGCUCUUAGCAAAGAUAGCAAACUUCAUCAAAAUCAAAUAUGUGAAGGGAAUGGAAUUGGCCCUUUGGUUCGAUUGUUGAGAAGCGCAAAGAUAGCAGAGGGCACGCUCCUGAGUGUCAUCAGAGCCCUGGGGACCAUUUGUAUUGGUGUGGCUCAUACAAACAAUCCAGUCAGCCAGGAAAACAUAGUGGAGGAACAGGCCUUACCAAUACUGGUUCACCUGCUUAAAAAUCAUAAUUCUCUUCAGAUAAAGGUUGAAGUUGCAUAUUCCUUGGCUUGCAUUGUUUUAAGGAACAGUAAUUUACAGACUGUGUUACAAGAGGAGGAAGGUUUCGUUUAUAGUGAUGUUCUUGAACUUCUUAAUGCACCUGAUAAGGAUAUUUGUUUACGAGCUGGAUAUGCUUUAGCCCUUUUUGCAUACAACAAUCCUGUCCAACAGUUCCUGAUAUUGGAGACCGGCGCAAUUACGAUGUCUACAUUCGAACCUUUUCUGCGAUCAGAAAUUGAGACAGAUAAAGCAAUGGCUGCGUUUCAGAUUGUUGUUUUAGCCAAAGUCAUAGUGGAUGUGGACCAAGUUACUUUGUCUGCAAGAGGGGUUACUAUUUUAGUUGAACUACUAAAUUCUGAAAAGACAGCUACUCUUGUUCUAACAGGGAAAUUAUUGGCUAGCCUGGCUCAUACAAGAGCAGGUAUUCCAGAAGCAAUUACUGAACUAGGAACUAUCCAACGUCUUUGUUAUCAUUUGUACUCAGAUAAAGAAGAGGUUCGUAUAGCCUCAGCUGGUGCUCUUGGAUACUUAACAUUUAACCGCACUGCUUAUCGCCAUCUAUUAGUGGAAUGCAGGAACAAACCCAAGCAGUUCACACGUCUAAUGAAUAACCUCAGCAGGGAUGCAAAAAUAAGCCAGGACUUUGUAAAAGAAUUCCAAAGGCAAAGACAAGUGGGGCUGCCUUCUUUAAGUUUGGAGAUAAAUGGAGGACCACCUGCAGUUCCAACCUAUACUAAAGAGAGAUCACGAAGUAGUAGUAGUGGUAGAAGACAAUUGAAAGCUAAAUUUCAUCCAAAGGACUCUCUUCUUUUAAUGCCUACAUCAGCUCACUUAAUGGGAAAACUCAGAACUACAGACAAACCCCAUAGCCGGACCAUGGGACUUCAUUCAUUUGCACAUGCAACUUCAGACAUCACAAAAGUUUCAAGACCCAGAAUUUUUAAUGUCAGCAAGCUCCAGCUUAAUUCACCAGGAAAGAAAGCUUGAGUCCAGUCCAACAAGGUAGCAGAUAAGUAUUUGUAUCCAUGCAACAUCCUGUAGGUUUGGGAAUAGUCUUUCAAAAUAGAAUUUCAUGAUGCCUGUUGCUAAUACACAGAUGCCUAAUUUUGGAAACCUAAACUCUUUUCAAAAGAGAGUUGUGUGUGGGAUGGAAGGAGGCAGUCUGUCUGUGAAGAAUUAAAUUUGCUGCAGUAGUAAAGAAUAAAUGCAUUGAAAAUACAUUUCAAAAUCAUCACAGGCAUCAAAUAAGGCUAUUGUGUGCAGGUUGUUUUAUAUUUGGGUGAAUUUAAGCUUCUAUUUCUAAUCAUACAAUGCCUUCUGUUACUAGAUACAAGAGCUGCAAAAUAGCUGCUACACAUACUUGCAUCUUCUAUCUUCAGAUAAGCACUCUCAGACUAAUCUAUAUCCACUCUUAUGGGUAAAUUUUUAAAAUGUUGUGCAGAGUUUUAAGAUCAAUGGACUCAUGUAGCCAAAAUGUUGAAGUGCUAUGAAAAUUUGCCUCUAUAAAAUAGGGCUUUGGAGCAGAGCCCGGAGCUGGAGCGCAGAGCAGCUCCAGAGCAGUGGAGCUGCAGGUUUUGCCUGAAGCUGGAGCAGAGCUCCAAAGCCCUGCUAUAAAAUGUUGUUCUGUGUUACAAAAGGAUAUUUGAGUAUAUAGUUAAUAAUAAUUAAGGCUGAUACUUUUCACUUAUCUUGAGAUCUUUAACUGAGUGCUUUCCAAAGGUAAUUAUUGCACUAUUAAAUUAUUCCUAUUUUACACAUGGGAAAAAUAAGGCAUAUAAGUCUAAGGUCAUGCAAGGAGUCAGUGGUAUAUCAGAAUAGAAUAAAUCUCCAGACUUCCAGCUCCCUGUUCUAACUACUAAAUAGCACAGCUGUCCUUAAGGGUGCUUACAUCGGUCAGAUACAUCUUAGUAAGAGGAGACUAAGAAACGUAAACAUUUUAAUAAUAGCCAUGAACAAUAAUUCCCAAACUGUAUGUGUUAUAAGUUGAUAGUUUCAAGUUCAUUUAAGGAGACUUCUAGACUUGGUACCUUGAUGGCAACUUCUCCGACUUGUUCUGAGAUAUCAAUUCCAAGAGAAGCUCUAUAAUAUAACAAGCACUGUAUUAUUUAUUUUUUAACAAACAAUUUUUUAUAAUUAUGGUAAUAAAGUUACACAUCUACUCAACUACGAAGCUAUUUAAAGUAUUUAGCAUUAUGAGAGAGUAUUCGGUGCUUGACACCUGUGAGCUUUAUACAGGCAAUGAAGAUUUGUACAUAUAUCUAUACAGCACCUUCUAUAUUUUAUUUUGUCCAACUUCCCGUUUAUGAAAGAGUUUCCUUGUUCAUAGCAUGAUGAUGUACAUGAGUUUCACCUAACCCAUAAUGUUUUUAUAGCAUUCCCCUUCACCAGUGACAGUGAGUAAAGUAUUGCAGGUUCUUUCCUUCCAUAUUAAUAGCUCAGUACUGUCUACUAAGUGUCUCGACACAAAUGAUCUGCCCAGAACAAGAAACAUGUUAUCUCUACCCAGAAAUGUGAUCUCUAUGCAUAUGCACUUAGGCUUUUAUCUGUCAGCUCAUCUUUGAAACAUAAAAUGAGAGUCCUUUCAAAAAUCAGUCUGUUAGCAAAAUGAACCAAACCUCAGUCCAAAUGAAAUUAAAAGGGCAGCACUGUUACUGAA